AUGUACAUGCUCCAGCUACUCUGGACGUCCUACCUCCCCGCAGCCGUCACAACACCAUUGGUGCAAGGCGCUGACUUGCUUCGCGGUGCCCUCGGGGGAGUGACUUGGGGCCCCGCGCUCUCCGUCUCGAAAGCUGCCGUUACCUCCCUCCUGAAGAAGAUUGAGAUUGGCCAAUUGACUAUACUCGACGAGACGACUGGGCAGAAAACUACCUAUGGGCAGAAGCUCGCAAAGGAGCACCACAAGAAGUCCAAUGGCACUAAUGGAGUCAACGGUGCAGCGAAGAAGGCCGGAGGAGUUCGCAACGUCGAACUGGUGGUGAAGAGGGAGACGUUCUGGGUUCGGCUGUUCUUGUUUGCCGAUAUGGGGUUCGCCGAGUCGUAUAUGCUGGGGGACUUCGAGUGCGAGGAUCUGACGAGCUUCUUUGAGCUGUUCAUCCUCAACCGCAGCCAGCUAGCUAAUGCGACGACGUUGACGUCCUCAAUCGCAGCAACCAUCACUGGGCUGGCCAGAAGUACCAACACUUUAUCCAACUCUCUGCUGAAUAUACAAGCACAUUAUGAUAUUAGUAACGAAAUGUUCGCCGCGUUCCUAUCGCCAGACAUGACUUACUCUUGUCCCAUUUGGAAGCUUGUGUCGAGCGCAGACACAGAAGAGGAAUCUCUCGAAGCGGCACAGAUGACCAAACUGAACCGAUUCAUCGAUGGCGCACGAAUCAAGUCCACGGACCACGUUCUGGAGAUUGGUACCGGCUGGGGAUCUUUCGCAAUGGAGGCGGUGAGAAAGACAGGAUGCAGAGUUACUACCUUGACUUUAUCGAUUGAGCAAAAGGCACUGGCCGAGAAGAGGAUCGCUGCGGCGGGAAUGUCCGACAAGAUCGAGAUUCUCUUGAUGGACUACCGAGCUCUCCCGACUCCGAAAGUGCUUUAUGAUAAAGUCGUCUCCAUUGAGAUGUUGGAAGCCGUGGGAGCAGAGUACCUGGAGACGUAUUUCUCGUGCAUACACCGACUUCUGAAGAAGGAUGGUAUUGCCGUCUUCCAAUGCAUCACUAUGCCAGAAGGGCGGUAUGAAGCGUAUGCGAAAGGAGAGGAUUUCAUCCGCAAGUACAUUUUCCCGGGCGGUCAUCUACCAUCGAUCAGCCAGCUGGUGGAAAAUAUCAGCAAGGGGUCGGACGGCACGCUUGUGGUCGAAAAAAUUGAGAACAUUGGGGGUCACUACGCGAAGACGCUGCGGCUGUGGCGGGAAGAGUUCCUGAGGAACUUCGAGUCACGGAUCAGGCCAGCGUUGAUGAACGAGCAUGAUAAUAUGGGUGAGAAGGAGGUUGAAGUAUUCCGCAGAAAGUGGAUCUACUAUUUCGUCUACUGCGAAGCUGGGUUCCGGACCAAGACCUUGGGUGACGCGAUAAUUACGGUAUCGCGGGAAGGCGGUCUGGAGACUAUGGAGGGCAUUCCUUUGUAG